UGCUCAUUCAUGCAACCACCUCCUGCUGCUGCGGUCAUUGUUGUGGUUGCAAGGCACUAGAGAGUACUGGCCAGCUGAACAUUUCGUACCACCGGAUUGGAGUCGAUGAGCGAUUGUUGGUUGGCUUGGGUGCUGACUCCCAACUCCGAUGCAGCACAUGACAGUCUCGCCCCUUGUGGCCUUGUACAGCUAGUCCACUCCACGUCCACGGGGUGAGCCGGUGAGCAGAGCACCCGACUCCGACUCUCCGAGGGACGGAUACGGCCAGCCAUCCCCGGCUCCCUCUCUUCCCCAGUUCCCCUCUCCGACACCCACGGCGGCGAAGUCUUUUCUUUCCCCCUUCUCUCUUCCGCCUACCACCCCCUGCGUUUGGAGGUGUAGAGCUAACUCCUUCCGCUUCUCUCUCUCUCUCUCUCUCUCUCUCUCUCUCUCUUCUGUUUUGUUUUAUCUGCCGCGGUCCACGCCUGUGGAUCUUCGAGGGGGUCACUUGAAAAUCCAAUCUUGCGGCGGCCUCCAUGUUCAACUCUCUCCUCUGGAUUGUUGCUGCCUCGCUUCUCCUCGUGAUCGGCCGCAUUGAGCUGUGGAUUCACGCCUGGUUCCCUUGACGCCGCCUGCGCGGGUGGUUUCUUUUCUGGCCAUGGUGAACGACGGCAAGCAAUCGGCGAUCACCGCCGCCGCGGCCGUCGAGCCUGGCGUGGAGCGAGGCCGCGUGAGCGGCGGCGGGCCGCGACUCGGGGAGGAGAGCUCGGACGAGGAUGAGGGGAGCCAGCGGUUCUCGGACGCCGAGGACCGGUCCUGGCACUCGCACUCGCGGCAAGGCUCCGCCUUCGAGGCCACGUCCGCGUCCGUCAGCUGCGACGCCGGCGCCAGUGCCGGCGCCGGGGACGCCGCAGAGCGCGCCAGGAAGUCGUGCGUGUCGGAGUGCUCGCUGGACGACGUCGUCGACCUGGAGGCGGGGCUGGCCGAGAUCACAAAGGCUAGCCCAGACAAGGCCGAGAGGAACUGCCGCAUCUGCCACCUCGGCCUGGACAGCGCCGCCGCCGAGUCCGGCGCCGGCAUCGUGCUCGGUUGCUCCUGCAAGGACGACCUCUCCUGCGCCCACAAACAGUGCGCCGAGACCUGGUUCAAGAUCAGAGGCAACAAGAUCUGCGAAAUCUGUGGCUCAACCGCGUGCAACGUGGCAGGUUUCAGUGAUGCGGACUUCAUCGAGCAGUGGAAUGAGUCGAGCAGCACCGCGGCUGCCCAGGCAACAGCCGCCGAGCCUCGGAGGUUUUGGCAAGGGCGCCGGUUCCUCAACUUCCUCCUCGCUUGCAUGGUGUUUGCAUUCGUCAUAUCCUGGCUCUUCCACUUCAAUGUCCCUGGAUGAGUCUUGGCGCGCAUUGUUCUCAAUAAAAGCUCCAGAGCCAAGACUGACGAAGUAUGGGAAAGUGCCAGAACGCAAACUGGCUUGGGCAUGGGCAGACCUGAAGAUUUGAAGAGAGUUGCUUGGGUGAAGUGAAGGGGUGGUGUUAAUUUAUUGAGAGAACGACUGCACAUGAUGCAAAAAAAAAAAGGACGGCGGGUUAUUCUGUAAAGAUUGGGUGCGGAAUCGGGGGAUGGAAGGAAGAUCGCAUUUUUCAUUGCUUCAUGUUUUCGUGAUUUGAGCAAGCAAUUUUCUGUUGAGUUGCUUAUCAUAUAGUACUCUUUCAUAUUCUUACACCAUAUUCUACGUAGAUUCUUCUUGCAA